UCAGUUACUGACUGCUCAGAGGCUGAGAGAAGCAUUUUAAUGUUUGCUGAAAUGACACCAGGUUCAAAUCACAUGCUGGCAAUCUCAAGGAAAGGGAUUGAAAGGAAUUGCUGUGCACUGUACAGACAACAGAAGCCCAGAUCUGAGAUCUGCCAGUUUUCAGGGUCAAGGACAAAGGAUCAGAGACAUAUAAAAUCAGCCUGCCUCAGGACCUGCCUCACAUUUUGCUUCAAGGACCGGGCGAGGAUGGAGCAAAGGGAGCCACCGGUGGACUCUCACCCCGAGGUGACUGAAGGACGACUCCGGGAACUGGCUUCAAAGUGGUUCAUAGACACUCAAGUGCCGCUCAUCGUCCACAACGGCUUCUUCCCCACAUGGUUCCUGGGCUUCAUCACCAGAAAGGAUGCUGAAGAAAUACUGAGAGAGAAGGAGCUGGGCUGCUUCCUGAUCCGGCUCAGUGACAAGGCCAUCGGAUACAUACUGUCUUACAAAGGCAGGGACCGGUGUCGGCACUUUGUGAUAAACCAAAGCGAAUCAGGCCAGUUUGUUGUAUGCGGAGACACUGAAGGGCACAGCACGGUCUCUGAUCUCAUAGAAUACUACAAGACGAGCCCCAUCCAGCCGUUUGGAGAGUAUCUGACGUCCUCGUGCUUUGAGGACCUGAAUGAAGAGCUGUAUGAUAUCAUCCAGGUCAGCCCCAAAGAAAAGCCUGCAGCCACUGCUGGGGCUGUGCAGAACAUGCGAAAACCACAGGUGAGCAGAGCUGAGCCGCCUACACGGCCGCCGAAGAGCAGCAGAUCACCCCAGGAAGGACCACCUUUGCCUCGGAGGAGCAGGAACCUUGAUGGUGGUCCCCUGAAUGACCAGGACAGGGUUUUGUAUGCUCAGCUCAGGAAGCAAUCACCCAGGGAGAUACCGAGAUUCCAGCACAUCUGCCAGGACGAUUUACCCGGAGAUAAUCCGGGGAGAGCUGAGAGAUCUGCAACCCAGGAUCACAACACUAGGAGGUGUAGCCCUCCAUCCAGACCAGACUCUGUUUACUCUGAGCUCAGCCCGCUGGACAGCAAGAGCAGAUCUCUCCCACUUCUGGACAACAGCUCCAACGGAGAGCAGCCUUACAGGCUGAGCGCGCCCCCCAGCACGCCGCCGAGACUCUCCCCGAGCGCCGUCAGGCAAGCCCCCUGCCACGACCAAGAGAAGACAGGCUCGUGCAGCAGGCCGAGCGGCAGCCACAGCCUGGAGCACAUAAGCGAGAGUGCCGUCUAUCACCUGGCGGGCCGGCCCAGUGGCACACACACUACGUCGACCGAGGCGAGGGCCGAGCGGCACACGGAUUCAGUGUACGCUGAGGUCACCUCUGAAGCCCUCGCCGGCCGCGUCCCUCAUGUCAACACAUACGAGCCAAUUCCUGGCCACGAGGACACGGCCACUGCAAAACCCAACAGCAACACCUACGAGGACAUCAGGCCCAAACAAUCCCAGUCCUGGGGGUUCAAGAACGAUAAAUGGAAAUGGCUGUUUCCUGAGGCCAAGAGGAAAUGGUGAAGAGGUUACCAGCUACUGAAGAAAACGUUUACUAAUUUAACUCUGACACUACAACAGUUCUGCCUAAUAUACAACCUGUGAAAGCUUCUUUUAUAUAUUCAACUUGGGUUUACAUGUUUUUUAACUAUUCAAAUGACAUCUGCUGUGUUUUUGCCUUUUAAUGUAUUUAUUUAAGACCAAAUUACAUUUUAGUCUCCACAUGUGCAGUGGGCCAAACUGUAUGUUGAAAUUUCACAAAGCAAAUU